AUGCUGCUAUCUCUGGCCUUGACGGCCCUUGCUCUCCUGCCAGCAGUGCAGGCAGCUCCCCCCAUCCACCACCCAAUGGGUAUCUACCGCCGUUGCGGUCCAGUAUCCAAAUACUACAACCAACAAACCUCCGAUUGGGACACCUACAAGACCGGUGACUGGAUCAACAACUGGUGGAACAAUAAUACCGGUCUAAUCUCCAAGAGCUCCGGCGGGUUCGCUGGUGCCUUCGGUCAAUGGUCGAUGGGCAACCCGGACUGGAGUUGUCGAGACGAUGGGUCGGACUCGGACUGUGAUCUGCAGCUGUGCGAUAACCGUGUGCUCAAUGACCGUGGAAACGAUAUCCGUCCUACAUACUACGUUCUCGAGUCUGUGAAUCGACUACACACAUACUUUACUGGUAUUGGCGAGGCGUUCACUACUACGGCUCUGGGUGCGGCUUUGUCGAAAGAUUCGUGGGCCACGACUUUCUACAAGGAUAAGGAUGACAAAAGUGUCACUGCACUGAAGGAGGUACUUGUUCUUGUCACCACUGUCGUUGGUGUUGGUGCUUCAUUUGCUGGGUUGGGCCCUGCUGUUGCCGGUGCCAUUGCCGGUGCUGGUAGUGCGCUGACCAGUGGAGGAAUUAACGCUGCUGUCAACACCCUUCCUAACCACCAGGAUGACACCUUCGAAAAGUCCGCUGACCUGGGCGGUAUCCUUGGCAGUAUCGUCGUGGACUCCCUGAAGUCUUUCACGACUGCGAACAACCAAUUGAUGAGCGGCCAGUCUUACGGCAACGCCGAUAUCCGCAGCUAUCUCUCUGGUGGAGCCUUCCUUUCCUACCCCGGUGUCGACAAGAACGCAGUCACCGACGCCAUGACCAACAUGCUGGUCGGUGUCUCCAUCAACCAGCUGUACCGCACACAAAAGAUCUUCAUCAUGGGCGGUGGUUCCUGUGGCGACAACCAGGGCAUUGGAUCUGGACCACAGGAAGCUACCGUUUGCCGCGAUGGCAAGGCUUGGUACUUGUAUUACUGGCAGGAGAACGAUGUGAUCUCCACGACAUCUCACCAGUGGGGAUGGGUUGCCUCUCCCCCAGGAGCCGAUCAGCUAGGACAGGGUGCCUACAGCGGUGUCAGCGUCCAAGACAUCAUCAACUCCUCCCUCGACGCCUACAACGUCGCCGGCUACAACUACGACUCCAAAACUGCAGCUGAUCGUGCCUCGGACGCAGUUUCCAGCGCCUGGGCAAGCCCCGGCUCCCAGGGUGCGUCUUGGGAAGGUAUCUUCACGAUCCCGGUGUGUGAUGUCAGCGGUGCAGUCGACUCCGAUUACCAGGACAAGGAGUAUAUCCUGCAGCCUUACGGCCAUGACAGCCGUCCUGUUUGGUGUGGCGCUAUUUGCAGUGGUGAUUCCCAGAAGACUAGUGACUUCAUCAAUGCCGCUAAUAUGGGCGGGUUCCAGAGCCCUAAGCAUCUCUGUAACUCGGACCCUGGAUAUUAG